CGACUUUAUUGCUAUUUACUUCAGGAUGUUAAUGUCUUUCUUUGGGUGUUUUGGCAAUGGCUGUGAGUGAAAAAGCCAUUUGGCAAGGUUUCUGUCAGCUUGCAGAAAAGAUGGGAAAAAGAACAUGUGCCCUCUGCCCUGAAGGCCAUGAUUGGAGUGUGAUAUACUUUGCACCAUCACUGAAUAUAGCUGCUCAUGAAAACUGUUUGCUGUAUUCAUCAGAAUUGGUGGAAUGUGAGGCCCAUAAUCCAUGUAAAAUAGCUAGAGAUUUUGACGUGAAAUCAGUACUGGAAAGGAUCUGGAGAGGAGGCACAACGAUAUGCUCAUUUUGUAAUAACAAAGGAGCCAUUAUAAGGUGUGGUGAAACAUCUUGUGCCAAGAAUUAUCACUUACUCUGUGCCAAGGAGGACCAUGCAGUUCUACAAGAUGCAGCUGUCAAAGCUCCUUUUCUUAAGAAAUGCAAGGAAGCAGGACUUCUUAAUGAAUUAUUUGAAUGGAUCCUAGAAAAAAUGGAUUCAAUUCAUGGAAGACUCAUGGAUAAGACUGCCUCAGAGUCAGACUAUGAAAAGAUCGAGACCUUACUCUUUGGCUGUGGAUUAUUUAAAGACCCACUAAGAAAAUUCCAAGAAGUAAUCAAGAGGAAAGCUUCUGAAUGGGAAGACAGGCAAAGGCAGAUGGAGCAGCAGCUUGAGGCACUUGCAGACUUACAACAACACUUGUGCUCAUUUCAAGAAAAUGGGGACCUGGACUGCUCAAGUUCUACUUCAGGAUCCUUGCUACCUCCUGAGGACCACCAGGUCAGAUGCCAGGAGUCUCCUGAAGUGCAAGCAGGCUCAGGAGACAGCCUGUGACAGAUCCAAAGUCCCCUCCCUCUCUGACCUGCUACUGCUCAUCUCACUUGUCCUGCUUUCUCCUGACAGUGAAAGCUGUUCCUCAGUAAAACUGGAUCAGGCCUCCAUGUUCUCCAAGGAGCAAGGAAGUCUUCCUGCCUGCCCUGCCCACCCCAGUCAAGGGCAGCACCACCAGAGCCUUUGCUCAGCCUUAAGUGGAAUCUUAGAGCUUUCUCUUGCUUCUGCUGCUCCUGCAGGCAGUCUCAUCAUGGUCUCCUCUCAGUAUUAAUAACUCCAUCAGAAUAGAGCAGACUCUGUCCUGUGCAUUGCUCGCUGUUACCCUGGGUUUCUGCUCACUACCACAUUGCCAAUA